GCAUGUAUUUUUAGCAAGACAUACAUUACGAACAAGCAGGAACGAGAGCAGUUCCUGCGGAUGCAUGUCAAGGACUCGAAUGGCAUACUGUGGUUCGAGCUGCAAAGGGAAUUGGAAAGUAUCUACUAUCAACGAAUUGACUUUGUUGAUGUGCAGAUGUAUCACCCUCUUGCCUGGGGCUUUCCAGAUUCCUCAAAGAUAGUGACGCCCAAUCCUGGGGAGCCGAUUGAUCCAUUUCAUGGCUGGUGCGCUCGCAAAUCCAUGGACAGUGUCACGGAGAUGGAGGAUGUUGACUUUCUCUACACUCUUCGCCUGCGCUGCUUUCCUGAAGCCACUUUCCAGGCUCUUUCCUUGGGAAAGAUCCCUGCCUUUAUCCAGCAGUACAUCGACAUCCACAAAGACACCUUGGAGGAGGAAGAUGAGGAAGUGGAGAAAACCGCUUUGGAAGACAGCGCUGCCAACAAACCCCUCUGGAAGGACGAGAUGUUAGACUAUGGCCUUCGGGAAGAAGAGGAGACGCGUGCCUCGCCGGAAGAAAUCAACCGCCAGCAGAAAGGCAACACCGGGCCCGAUGUGCUGGAUGCACAAAUCAAGCAGUUCAAGUUGAAGGGCUUGAGCGCCAUGCGGGUCUUCCUGCGGACCCGUGGCAUUCCAGACAACAUGAAGCAGUGCCAAAUUACCCCAAAGAUGGUCAAAGACAUGGCGGCACAGCUGGGAGUUCGGGCGAAUCCUGACUUGUACUGGUACUGCUUGUUUGCGCUGCGCUACUCGCUGGCUCCCGAAUGGGAGGUCAUCGUGAAGCAAGAUACGCGUUUCUAUGUGCACCUGCCAUCGGAUCGCAUGCAGAUUGUGCAUCCAAUGAUCAGGCGUUUCCGCGAGCAUCUUGAGGACACUCGACAGAAUGAGUUCCUUUGGGAGUAUCGUGGCUUUGUGCAGAUGAAGUGCAGCGAGUGUGGUAUUCCAGAUGCGAUCGUUUGGUGCCAGCAGUGUACAGACUACUUCUGCGCCACUUGCUUCCUUUCGUCUCAUAAGUCCGCUCGCGGCAAGAAGCAUUGGCCUUCUCCUAUUCCCGGCUGCAGAUACCUGACAGCGUCAGAGGCAGCCAGAAUGCAUGAUCACCUGCCCCUGCUGAACGUGGGAUUUUCCAUGCGCCGACGCUUUCUGGCGCGGGAUAACCAGUCCGACCGAAAUGGUUCCAGAAGUGGUGACACGUGGCUCUUCUUCCACGCAGAUACCUUUGAGGCUGCGCUGUUGCAAGCGCCCGAAAAGCAUUGGUUUCUGAAACGCCUGAAACCUCCUCGCUUGGCCCCAACGGCAGAAGGUUACUACUACAACUUCCGAAACGAUGUGAUUGCAGAUGAUCCAUCGCACAUCAUGUCCAAAGCCCAUGAGCAAAAAGCAAUUGCCCUGCUACAGAAGAACAUUCGCGGCGCGAUUACGCGGAAACGCAUCCAGAAGGAGCUGAAGGCGGCCAAAGUCAUCCAGAAGAGUAAAAGGAUGUGGGACGUGCGGAAGGUGAAGACGGAGACGGCGAGAAAUCUCCAACUGCUCAAAGGCUGGUACAUGAGAUACCAGUCUAAUGAGAAGCACGAGAAAGUUCGCCACCGCGUCACAAGAUUCCAGGCAGUUUGGAGAGGAUACAUGGUGAGAUGUGAUCACUUUCAAACGAUGCGGGACAUCACUCGUUUCCAGGCCAAGUGGAAGGGCACGCUGACGCGGCGUCGGCACCAGGUCAUUGUGACGGCUGGGGUGACCAUCCAGCGCACUUAUCGAGGGAGACUCUAUGGACGCCGGCCGAUGCAGGAAAUGCGAGAGGCUGCCAUGAAAAUCCAAGCUAUGGCACGCGGUGUAGCCCUCCGAGAGCAAAUGAGAGGACAACAUCGGGCAGCCGCAUACGUCCAAGCUCACUGGAACGGAUAUCAGGCCCGAAAAAUGACAGCCAAGAGACUGACGUCGGUAGUGAUGCUGCAGAGGAAUUGGCGACGCUUUCAGUCGCAGCUAGAUGUGAAAGUCAUUCUCUACGACAAGAUGGAAACAGUGCGGCAGCGCUUUCUCGAGCUCAUCCGUUCAAAGUUGGAGGGCUCUGCCGCGGUGCUGAUCCAGAGAAAUUGGAGGAGGCACUCUGAGUAUCACAAAGUUGUCCAGAUGAGGAAACAGAAAGCAGAAGCAGACAAGCGGAUUAGUACGCUCUUGACAGCGUUCUAUAUGGCCGCUGGUGAAAUUCGCCACUACAUUCAUCCGUGGUGGAGACAUUUGCCCGCAGAGAUCCAGGAGGUUCUGUCACAGGUGAAGGCCUCAAUGCAACGCACCAUUGGCCUUGUGCACGUCUCUGGCAAGCUUGCUAAUGAAGAGAUUGGCAAAAGAGGCUUGCGCGUUUCUGGGGCUGAACACUUGGUUUACCACAGUGAGCAGCCUGACUUGGUGUCUCACAUGCUGCUCUCGGUCACACGACAUUUGCUGAACCAAAUCGGAGCAGAGCACUUUCCUGUCACAGUCGAUUGGGCCUGUUAUGCCAUUAGCCACCAAGCAGUAAAGCUGGCUCUCAGCAAGUCCUUCAUCCCGCGCGAGAUCAUCCCGGUGGGCAAAGAAAUCCCUCCACAUCCUGGAGACACCUUGGCGACUUUGUGGGACAGCAGUGGUACUGUGAAACACCAUCACGACUGGCUCAUAACUCUCUCAGAGGAAAGCUUGCCUUGCUUGGUGCUCAAUGGAUUGCCGGCGAGCCACCGCCACGUGUCCCUCACAGCAGAGGUCUUGAUCACCAUGCGGCAAGCCCUGGAGUCUCCGACCGUUUCUACGGAGGAUCAUCUGAGAUUUCAAGGCCUCGAUGCACAGGCCGGUGCGCAGAUGAUGGAGGUCCUUAGCAGUGAAUUAGAUCAUCGCUUGCCGCCGGACUGGACGCAGCAGCACGGCACAGUGGCAGCUUUGUCAGUUGUGCUGAGCAAUCACAUGAAAGAGCUAUCAGCCGACAAAGACAAGGAUGGAAAAGCCGCCUUGCAAGCAAAGGCCAAAGCCAAGUCGAGAUUGAAGGUAGAACCAAAGGGCAGAACUGGCGCCAGAGGAUCCAACCGUGGCGGAAAGUUGGACGCGAAGAGUGAUGUGGACCCUUUAUCAGGGGCUACGACUCCAAUGCUGUCACCCAUGUCUGGAUCCGCUCCGCCGUUGCCCGAAGGUGGUGCCUUAUCUCACUUCACACGUGCAGCUACGAUGCGGGUCUUACAACAGGUGGGUUACUUUAUGCGGUACCAGGACGAAGCGAUGCAAAGCGUCCUCGCCAAAGGAGCGACGACGGGGUCUCCCAAAGCUGGUAUGCGUGCAAAUCGCUUUGUUUCUGUCACUGACAAGCUCUUUGAGAUGGCUGACAGAGCGAUGCAUGAUCAUUGCUCAUUUGUGCUUGCUGUAGUCCUCUUGCACAUGGUUCUUCGGGGUUUACACCUCCGUUUGCUCUAUCAUCGAGCCGCUGUGUCAAUCCAACAGCGCUAUCGCUACAUCAAGUUACGCGGCCAGAAGCAGAGUGCCAUUGCUCCUGCGAUGCGCAUCCAGCGCUUUUGGCGCGGGCUGCGGGCUGCGCUGGGCAUCAUGCGCAAAGAUGAUGCUGCCUGGAAGAUAUUAAGAAACUACAAGGCCUGGAAAUGGAACAAGCGAGCAGACAAACUGCUGCAAUCCGUCUUGAAGAUCCAGCGAGUUUGGCAUAGCUCCGUGCACAGAAAGUGGAUUAAGCGCUGCCACGAAGCUGCAGCCUGCAUCCAACGGCACGCACGUGGCUUCGCAGUUCGGCUGGUGUUGGACCAACCAGGCAGAAAGCUCGCGAAAGAUCUUCGGAAAUCGAUUGAGGACCUGGUUGCGAGAAAGUCGCAAAUGUCAGAGACGGCUUGGGGGGCUCUGAUAGCUUCACAGUCUGCCAAGGCACGUCAAAAACUGGCACAGCACCGAAAGCGCAAUCUGGACGGGAUCCUCAUGCGAGGUUUGGGCCCCAGGUCUCAAGAGGCCAGAAAUAUGGACAAGCAGCGGAGGCUCAGGAUGAAGGGUGCACUACAGCCCGAACGGGAGACCGUCUUCGAGCCAUUCAUUUUUGCCCUGGCGCGUUUGGACUUCCAUGAGCCGCGCUAUGGUGCGAGACGGUCCCCAGUGAUGGAGGAGGUGAUCAAGGCUAAGAAGGAGCUGAUUCGGUGGCUUCCUGAUCCACCACCACCUCUCCCACAUGUGGCAGCCCGGCGUGGGCGCAAUGCCGUAUUGACCCGUCGACUGGUGAAGAAAGCGCGGCACACCACCGCGCAACGCUUCGAGCCAGAGGAUGACGGUGACCAGAGCCCUGGGCAGCUGAUUGUGCAGCAGGACGGUGCAGAACUCGACGAUGACGAGUUCCAGCACUGGCUGAAACGCACGUUUGCAGUCGAACAAAGAUGGGUGAAUCAAAGCCUGUAGGAAUUUGCCGGCCAACGAUGAUUGCCAGAUUGUGAG